UUGCGGACAGAGUCACACAACAAACGGACGCCAUAUUGUUCUCAUCGUCUUGGGAAAAGAUACUGGCUCUUUUCUCAAAAGGCGGACAAGCUUAGAAGACUCAAGCCAAUAGUAGGACAGCCUGUGUGUACAGAGAUCCGUGACAAAAGAGGUCGGGCAAGUUUUUUUCAAGACGCCAUAGCGUAAGACAGCCACAGCGACAACAUGGGUGCCGGUGGAACCAAGGGAAAGGAGACUACCUCAGCUACUAAGCUAGCAAGACAGAGCAUAGAUGUCAAGGGAGAAGAGUAUGCCCGGAUGUCCUGUCACAACCAAGACGGGAAGCUGACGGAUCACUACUUUGAUGACGUCAGGACGCUUCACCAGGCCUUCAUGCGAGGCGUGCGGAUAUCCACGAACGAGCCGUGUCUGGGGUGGCGACCCGCCGUGUUGGCUCCCUAUGAGUGGAUGACGUACCACCAGGUGUAUAUCAGAGCUAUUAACUUCGGUUCCGGUCUGGUCCACAAGGGUUUACAGCCUGCGACUACAACCUCCCUGGGUAUAUUCUCUCAGAACAGACCAGAGUGGGCGAUUGCCGAGCAGGGUUGUAACAUGUUCUCCAUCGUGGUUGUACCGCUGUACGACACUCUGGGAGCCGAGGCCGUCCAACACAUCAUUAACCAAGCCGAACUCCGCACGGUGGUCUGUGACGUUCCCGACAAGGUGGCAAAACUCCUGAGUUACGCAGAAGGAGCCAAAGAUAACAUUCUGGAGCGUAUCAUCAUCAUGGACCCGAUCACGGACCAACAGAUGCUCGGUCAGGCCGAGGAACUGGGCAUUGAGAUACUGUCCAUGCAGGACGUCGAGCAAUUGGGAGAAAACAACCCACAGGAAACAGUGCCACCCAAACCAGAGGACCUGGCCACAGUCUGCUACACAAGCGGAACUACAGGAACUCCCAAAGGUGCCGUGUUGACCCACAGUAACCUGAUCGCCUGUAACGGUGGGAUUUUACACGCCUGUCAGCGUCACCUGAGCUUCAACAAAGACGACAUCCACAUCUCCUACCUCCCCCUGGCACACAUGUUCGAAAGACAAGCGCUGACUCUACUCUUUUCAGUGGGAGCGAAAAUCGGUUUCUUCCAGGGAGAUAUUAAACUGCUGACAGACGACAUGAUGGCGCUGAAACCAACCUUCUUCAUCACCGUGCCCAGACUACUCAACAGGAUGUAUGACAGGGCAUGGGCAUUGGUUCAAGGAAGCUCUUUCAAGACAAAGAUGCUGCACAAAGCACUCAAUGCAAAGAAAGAGCUGCUGGCAAAAGGCAUAUGUAGGAACGACACUAUUUGGGAUACACUCAUCUUCCGCAAAGCCAGGGCCCGAACGGGUGGAAAUGUGCGGUUCGUUGCGGUCGGUGCCGCACCCCUGUCUGAGGAAGUCCUCACGUUUGCAAGAUGCCUGUUCGGAUGCACGGUGUUGGAAGGGUACGGACAGACGGAGUGUUCGGCAGCCGCAACAACCACUAUGAUGGGCGACUACACCACUGGCCACGUGGGUGCACCGAUCCAGUGCUCCAUGAUCAAACUUGUGGACGUGCCGGAGAUGGACUACUACGCCAAGCAACACAAAGGAGAGGUUUGCUUCAAGGGCCCGCAUGUGUUCCAAGGGUACCUGAAGAACCCUGAGAAGACGGCGGAGGCGAUCGACUCAGACGGCUGGCUACACACUGGGGACAUCGGAGCCUGGCUACCGUGUGGACAACUGAGAAUCAUUGACAGGAAGAAGGACAUCUUCAAACUUGCACAGGGAGAAUAUAUCGCACCGGAGAAGGUUGAGAAUGUGUACGUCAGAAGUCCGCUGGUGGCGCAGGUCUUUGUGCACGGCGUCAGCAUCAAGUCCAGCCUGGUGGCCAUCGUUGUCCCUGACCCGGAUGUACUUCCCGGCUGGGCCAAGAACCAGGGCAUCGAGGGAGACAUGGAAACACUCUGUGCUAACAAGGAUGUUAAGGACGCCAUCAUGGCGGAAUUCAGUCGAAUGGCGAAGGAAGGGGGACUCAAGUCAUUUGAACAGGUGAAGCAGAUCCACCUACACCACAAGCUCUUCACUUCUGACGAUGACCUCCUGACCCCGACCUUUAAACUCAAAAGACCUCAGGCCCGGAAGUACUUCGCCAAGGAACUGGAGGAAAUCUAUGCCUUGGUGCCUUGAAGAUUACCAUUUACAUAUGAUAUGAUGCUAGUAUACAUUACUCGGUUAUUACUGUUACUAUCAAUUUCCUUCCAACAGCGACUGUUUUAAAGGUACAGUACGUACCAAAUUUUCGAUGUCUCACAGCACAUCUUGGUCUUUGGAGAUUGGUCUUUUCUCGAUCUCGCGAGAGAACACGAGGCUAGACCAGGCUUGCGUAGAUCAUCUGCGAAGCUGUAACGAGCUCCCCAAGUCCAACCAACUCCUUCUCCGCAAGGAGGCCGG